UGCCACUCACUUCCUCUCGCGAGGACGUCCUGGCGUCGGCGCCGGAAGCUUCCUCUGAGCGCGGAGGGCGGAGCGAGAGGGCGGGGAAGGCCGCUGGCUAGGAGUAGGCCGAGUUUGGGACUCUGGCAGGUACCGCUGCUGCCAGGGCUUUGCGCCAAAGCUUUGUGGCCCAGUGCUCCGGCGGCCUUCACGUGAGCGUCGUUGCAGGGCCGCACCCAUGCUGCGUUUUCCGACCUGUUUCCCAUCCUUUCGGGUGGUGGGAGAGAAGCAACUGCCACAGGAGAUUAUUUUCUUGGCCUGGUCACCCAAGCGAGACCUCAUAGCUUUGGCCAACACUACAGGCGAGGUUUUACUGCAUCGCCUUGCAAGUUUUCAUCGAGUUUGGAGUUUUCCACCAAAUGAAAGCACAGGAAAAGAAGUGACCUGCUUAGCCUGGAGACCAGAUGGCAAACUUUUGGCCUUUGCUCUUGCGGAUACCAAGAAAAUUAUUUUGUGUGAUGUAGAAAAACCUGAAAGCUUACACUCUUUCUCUGUGGAGGCUCCAGUGUCUUGUAUGCAUUGGAUGGAAGUGACUGUGGAAAGCAGUGUUUUGACAUCAUUUUAUAAUGCUGAGGAUGAAUCCAAUCUUCUCUUGCCUAAGCUGCCCACAUUGCCAAAAAAUUACAACAGCACCUCAAAAAUAUUUAGUGAAGAAAAUUCUGAAGAAAUUAUUAAGCUCUUGGGAGAUGUCAGGUUGAAUAUCCUUGUCCUUGGAGGAAGCUCUGGAUUUAUUGAGCUUUAUGCUUAUGGGAUGUUCAAAAUUGCCCGAGUAACAGGGAUUGCUGGUACUUGUAUUGCUCUGUGUUUAUCAAGUGAUUUGAAGUCAUUAUCAGUGGUCACAGAGGUUUCCAGUGGUGGCGAAUCAGAAGUUUCAUAUUUUCAGCUUGAAACCAAUCUGCUGUAUUCCUUCUUACCUGAAGUAACUCGGAUGGCCAGGAAGUUUACUCACAUUUCAGCUCUCUUACAGUAUAUAAAUUUGUCACUGACUUGUAUGUGUGAAGCAUGGGAAGAAAUUCUGAUGCAGAUGGACUCCCGUCUCACUAAGUUUGUACAGGAAAAAACUACAACCACAUCAGUGCAGGAUGAGUUCAUGCACUUACUGUUGUGGGGGAAAGCCAGUGCUGAACUUCAGACUCUCCUGAUGAACCAGUUAACAGUGAAGGGCUUAAAAAAGCUUGGCCAGUCUAUAGAGUCAUCAUAUUCCAGUAUACAAAAACUGGUUAUAAGUCACUUACAGAGUGGCUCUGAGUCUUUACUAUAUCAUUUGAGUGAACUUAAAGGAAUGGCUUCGUGGAAACAAAAAUAUGAACCUCUAGGAUUGGAUGCUACAGGCAUUGAAGAGGCUAUUACUGCUGUGGGUUCUUUCAUCCUCAAAGCAAACGAACUUCUCCAAGUUAUAGAUAGUAGUAUGAAAAACUUCAAGGCAUUUUUUCGGUGGCUGUAUGUAGCAAUGCUGAGAAUGACAGAGGACCACGUGCUUCCUGAGCUGAACAAGAUGACUCAGAAGGAUAUCACAUUUGUUGCUGAAUUCCUCACUGAACAUUUCAAUGAGGCUCCAGACCUUUAUAAUCGGAAAGGAAAAUACUUCAAUGUUGAAAGAGUCGGUCAGUAUUUGAAAGAUGAAGAUGACGACCUUGUGUCACCCCCUAACACAGAAGGAAACCAGUGGUAUGACUUCCUCCAAAACAGCACCCACCUGAAAGAAAGUCCUUUGCUGUUUCCUUAUUACCCUCGAAAAUCAUUGCAUUUUGUGAAAAGGCGGAUGGAGAACAUUAUUGAUCAGUGUUUGCAAAAGCCAGCAGUAAGUCUGAAAGAUCUAUGUGUCUUCAUGUGGGAUUCCGGAGCUGUUGUGUCUUUGUUUUUUCACUGCCGAGUGGUAGGCGUGGAGAAGCUAUCGAGAGUCUUCUUUAUUCCCUCUUUUUCUUCAAGAUCUGUAAGUAAUGGACUAAUUGGUAUUAAAUUUGGGAGCUUCACAUAUGCCACAACUGACAAAGUCAGAAGAAGCACUUACAGUUGUCUAGAUGCCCAGUUUUAUGAUGAUGAGACUGUCACAGUUAUCCUUAAGGACUCCAUGGGACGUGAAGGAAGACACAGGAUUUUGGUUCAGUUGCCGCUGUCCUUAGUGUAUAACAGUGGUGAGAGAUCCCCUGUUGACUUCUGGUUGUCUUCCUAUAGGCUUGACGAGCAGGGCAGCAUUAUUCCCACACGCACCAUGCACUUUGAGAAGCACUGGAGGCUGCUGGAAAGCAUGAAAGCACAGUAUGUUGCUGGGAAUGGCCUUCGGAAAGUGUCCUGUGUGUUAAGUUCAAACCUCCGGCAUGUGAGGGUGUUUGAGAUGGACAUCGAUGAUGAAUGGGAGCUUGAUGAGUCUUCAGAUGAUGAGGAGGAGGCUGGCGGAAAGCCUGUGAAGAUCAAGGAAGAAGUGUUGUCAGAGUCAGAGUCAGAGGCUCACCCAGAUGCUGCUGCCCUAGACCCAGACGUCGUCAUCAAAGUGGAGAAGCUUGACCCUGAGUUGGACUCGUGACCCAGUUUGACAACAUUGUGUUACUUACUGUGGCAAAAAGACAUAGCGGGUGG